GACGCUAUCCAACAGUCCUGGGUUGUUGCUUUUGAGAUUAAAGUGGGUCUAUCUCUAUUUUCCAUCACUCUUAUCAGAUUCAGAUAAAAGAAAAUCUUCUCUCACAGUUUCUCAGAAAUGGGUUUCUAUUCCCCAACCAUUGUGAUUUGCCCUUCAAGCUUCUUCACACACUUGGCUUCGAAGUCUAGCUUUCCCACCAGGCCUUUCUUUCCUCCUAAAACAAAAUGCUUCUCAAAAAAGUUCCACGUGGCGUGCUCUACUUCUCCUUCUGAUCCUAUUUUGGUUAAGGCUGCAAGAGGAGAUCCUGUAAAUCGACCUCCAGCAUGGAUGAUGCGCCAGGCAGGAAGGUAUAUGGCUGUUUAUAGAAAGCUUGCAGAGAGAUAUCCAUCCUUUAGAGAGAGGUCAGAAACAACUGAUCUCAUUGUAGAAAUCUCUUUGCAGCCUUGGGAAGCUUUCCAUCCUGAUGGAGUUAUUAUUUUCUCUGACAUACUUACCCCUUUACCUGCCUUUGGUGUCCCAUUUGACAUAGAAGAAGUAAGGGGUCCUGUUAUCCAGUCACCGAUUUAUUCUGAAGAGGGAUUGAAGUCUCUGCAUCCCAUUGACUUAGAAAAACUUCAUUUUGUGGGGGAAUCCCUUAGGAUAUUGCGCCAGGAGGUUGGUGGGAACACUGCUGUUUUAGGUUUUGUAGGAGCACCUUGGACAAUAGCUACAUAUAUAGUGGAAGGGGGUACAACACGCACUUAUACAACCAUAAAGACCAUGUGCCAUACUGCACCACAUGUAUUGAGGGCCCUUCUUUCUCAUUUGACACGGGCAAUAUCAGACUACAUUGUAUUCCAAGUGGAAUCUGGGGCUCAUUGCAUACAAAUUUUCGACUCAUGGGGUGGACAACUACCGCCUGAUAUGUGGGAACGCUGGUCAAGGCCUUAUAUUGAAGAGAUUGCAAGUAUAGUGAAGAACAAAUGUCCUCAAACACCACUUGUUCUAUACAUUAAUGGAAAUGGUGGUCUUCUUGAGCGUAUGAAAGGAACUGGCGUUGAUGUGAUUGGGCUUGACUGGACAGUGGACAUGGAAGAUGGAAGGAAACGAUUGGGUAAGGAGGUCAGUGUACAAGGCAACGUUGACCCUGCUUGCUUAUUUUCUCCUCUUCCUGCCCUGACAGAAGAAAUUGAAAGGGUUGUGAAGUGUGCAGGUCAAAGGGGACACAUUCUAAAUUUAGGACAUGGCGUUCUUGUUGGGACGCCUGAAGAAGCUGUUGCACAUUUUUUUGAAGUUGCAAGAAGCUUGAAGUUUGAUACACUUUAUCAAAAUCAAACAGUAGACUCUAAAUUGGUAGUUUGAGGACAAUAUUCAUUAAGCACAAGCAAGCUAUUUUGUUUUCACUACCAUAUUCCUGUAAACAUGCAUGCUUAAUCUCAAUUUAGCUUUGUUUUGUUGUAGAGGAGGGGCUUUCCUAAAAGCUUUGAGAUUGUGUACAUUUUUUUUUUUUUUUUUUUUUUGUGUGUGUGUGAGCUAACUAGUUAAAAUCAGUUGUAUCUGUAAUUUAUGAUUAAUUUAUUCAAUGAAUUAAUAAAUUAUUAAUU